GGCCUCGAACUCAGAAAUCCGCCUGCCUCUGCCUCCCAAGUGCCGGGAUUAAAGGCGUGCGCCACCACGCCCGGCAGGAGAUCGGUUUUUGCCCAAGAGAAGCAAAAAGGCCGUUCUUUUCCUUUCUCUUUGAGACAGAGUCUGGUCAAUCCUCUAGUCUCCCUAGUGCUAGACUGUAGGCAUGAGUGGUUAUGCCCAUUGACGGGGGUCAUUUCAAAUAUCUUAAAACAUGAAAGGCUGUCACUAUAGAUGAACUGGUCUUGGGGUACCCAGAAGGACUAAAGAACAAAGGGGGGCACAGGUUAUAGGAAGAUAUGUUUUUGAGUCAUAAAGAACUUUCUGAUAAUUUGAACUAACAUGAGAGGGAGUGGAAGCCUAGCACAGUGGUGCACACUGUUAGUCCUAGCCAUUCAGGGUCUGAGGCAGGAGGAUUAGGAGUUGAAGGCCAGUCUUGAUCACUUCAUAUAAUAGUAAUGAAUAAUAAUAAUAAUAAUAAUAAAUGGAGGAGCUAGGGAUGUAUUUUUGUUGACAGAAGGGCUUGCCUAACAUGUCCAAAGCCUUGAGCUCAACCCCUAGCACCACAUAAAGCCAGACACAGAGGCACACGCCUAUAAUCUUUGCACCAGAGAGGUGGAGACAGGAGGAUACAAAGUUCAGGGUACCUCUGAGUACAAGCCAGCUUGGGAUACAUGAGCCCCUAUCUCAAAAAAAAAAAGAAAGAGAGAGAGAGAGAGAAGGUAAAGGAGAAAAGAGAAUGAUAUAGAGUAGAUUCAAGUCUGAGACAAAAGGUUGGGUUACAUGACGUAAAGUUGCUUCCAUCCUUACAGGAAGAAUUUGAGUCAUUAGCAGGGAAAUUAAAUCAUAGCCUGAUUGCAACUUAGCUCCGAUUCCCAACUGAGCAGAAACUGGGUGUUAGAAGGCCUGGUUGUCUGAGAGUCUCCUAGCAUCUCUUUGCCAGGGUCAUGGUCUUCCAGGCUAUACUCUCAUCUAUUUGGGAGCAUAUGGGUCUUUCAGUUCCCAAAGCGCAGUGAUGGUUCCACACAGCAUCAGAGCCACUCCCAAGCACUUACUGAGCCAUAGUCCAGGAGACCUACAGUCCCCGCUGGUCUAGGGUCCUGGAGGAGGUCACUUGAGCACAGGAGACAUGUCCCAUCCAAGUACAAAACAGGCCCAGCCUUGCUUAGCUUCUGAGAUCAGACAAGAUCAGGCACUUCUGGGGUACUGUGGCUUAGUUAUCCCUAAGGUAGUCUGGCAACAUAGCCUGGAUUUAAUACCAGGACUCAGCAAAGAUUGUAGGCAAGAACCAACUCCCAAGAGUUGUCCUCUGACCUCCACAAGCAUGUUGUGGCAUGUGCACACGCACGUGUACACACACACAGAGUAAAUAAAUAAGUAUAGAAUUAAAGUAUAUCGUUAGAUGUGUGCUGGCAUUUUUUUAUUUUAUUUUAUUUUAUUUUAUUUUAUUUUAUUUUAUUUUUUGGUUUUUGAGAUCAAAUUUCAUAUAACCCAGGCUGACCUCAAACUUACUAUUUAGCUGAGGCUGACCUUGAACUCUUAAUUCUUCCCCCUCCACCUGAAUUCGGGGGUUUUAGGAACCCUGCAGAACAUUGCUAUGCCAUCUCCAUGAGGAGCUGUGAGGCAGGCCCUGGACCCACCCCUGUGGAUGACUGUACAUCCAGGGGGCUCAGAGGACUUUCAAAAUCCAGCUGCAGUUCUCAGAUGAGGAUUCCCUGCUAUUCCUUGUCACUGGGCAUUGGGCCUUCAGAGGCAGGGGAGUGGCUCGCUCAUCUGGUACACCUGGAGCACGUCACUGAGGCUUCCAGGCACUGACUGAGAACUGAUCAUCUCCUGCUCUUUGUCUAGUGGUCAGAGCCCCUGGUCUCUGUAUGGGACUCAAGCAAAGUAGUCUACUACCUGGUAGGAGACAAAAAGCUGUGGUACAGGCACACGAUCAUCACCCUCAGCUUCCAGUCAGGACAGUUCAAUGAGGACAUGAUCCCCACUGUGGGUUUCAACAUGCGAAAAAUCACCAAAGGGAAUGUGACCAUCAAGCUCUGGGACAUUGGGGGGCAGCCCCGUUUCCGAAGCAUGUGGGAACGCUACUGCAGAGGAGUGAGCGCCAUUGUGUAUAUGGUGGAUGCUGCGGAUCAGGAGAAGAUCGAGGCCUCCAAGAAUGAGCUCCACAACCUGCUAGACAAGCCACAGCUACAAGGCAUCCCGGUCUUAGUCCUUGGUAACAAGCGAGACCUCGCCGGAGCGCUAGAUGAGAAGGAGCUAAUCGAGAAAAUGAACCUGUCUGCUAUCCAGGACCGAGAGAUCUGCUGCUACUCCAUAUCCUGCAAAGAGAAGGACAACAUAGACAUCACCCUACAGUGGCUUAUUCAACACUCAAAGUCACGGAGAAGCUGAGACUGUGGCUCUUCUUCUGACUAGGGACCACAGUCACCUAACCUGAAGCCGAGCUCCCCGCCCACCCUGUUGUCUCUCCCUAAGCCCACUCCUCCUCACCCAGUGUGGGGAGGGCCCUCUGGGGCUCCUAGAGCCCUAUUCUGCUGAGGUUUCAACUCCUGUUUUUAUUGUAAAAUAAUUGCCCUCUCCCCAAGUCUGGUCCCCUAACCUCUCUCCCUUGCUCUCUUUUUCCCUUCAGCUACCCCACUCCCCUCCCUGUCAACAGCCCUGGCCCCGCAAGCCCUCUCCUCACUCUCUGCCCCACCCUCCUCUUCCCCUUUCAACACUCUGUUAUUGUCCUGUGUGUACAGUAUAUAUAUGUAUAUAUAUUUUAAUUUUUUAAUUUAAGCAAAGACUAAGAUCAACCAUUUGAUGCUGCAGGGGCCAAUCGGGACCUGGGAGGGGCAAACUGGAAAGGCAGAGAGAGAUGCAGGGUCGAUGUGGGGCAAGUUCAUAUGCAGAAGAGGGGAGACUGCCACAUAGGGCAGUGGUUGUCCCCAUGUCCUGUAAAGUAUCUCUGUCUCCCAGUGGAGGACCUGAAUUUGAAGGCCAGCAGGAGCCUCCUUUUCUGUCCCCAGCCUUGAUAGGGCCACCAGGUACAACCAGGUCUAAGAGGGAGGACCAGGGUCCAUGUCGUCCCAGCAACCCCCACUGUCACUGUUCCUGGCCCCAGGUCCUGCCCCUACCCAGGGUCCCCACCUCCACGGCCCAUCUCAUUUUCUGUUCUCAUUUCACAGAGUUGUACAAGGAGAGAACUCAGCAUGGGAGGGUUGGUUCUUUGGUUUUGUUUGUUUGUUUGUUUGUUUGUUUAAUUUAAUAAUUUGUAAAGUGAUGUUCCUCUUCCUUUUUACAGUUUUCAGCUCAUAUUUAACCUCUGUUUGGAAAACGAUCCUUGUAACUGUACAUUUUUUUUUUUGCCUCCUAAUAAUGACAACAAUAAAUUACCAAUUUUGUGUUGG